GCAACGGCUUCGAGUUACCGGCCUCGAGGGCGCGUGAGGCCGCCGGGCAGCGCGUCCGUAACGGAGCCUGGGCUGCACUCGGCCCCGGCGUGACCGGCGGUGUGGCGGUGCCCUGCCCUGUGCUCCGAGGGUGCCAAAAGUUUUACUGAAAAUCAUCAAGACAAAGCUGCUGCCUAGAGAGUUAACAACUUCAAUUAGCAAAGCAGUCCGCCUAUAAGAAGAAACAGAACAACAGGACCUGAAAUAGUGUAAGGUGGGGAGGAAGUGAGUUGUGGCUUUCCUUAAAACUAAGGUGUGACGCAUAAUGAUCUUUGAACAAGUGGAUAUACAAACUCACUAAAGAUGUCUGUUCCAAGUCAGCACCACUCCAUUAUUAUUAACCCUCCUCCACCAGAAUACCUAAAUAACAAAAGUAGUGGUUGUCAAACCAACCAACUCCAGUACUUACAGAGGGUGGUCAUGAAAGCCAUGUGGAGACACAACUAUUCCUGGCCAUUUCACCAGCCUGUAGAUGCAGCAGCGCUGAAUCUUCCUGAUUAUUACAGUAUCAUAAAGAAGCCUAUGGACUUAGGCACCAUAAAAAAGCGUCUGGAACACAAUUACUACACAAAAGCUGCAGAAUGCAUUGAAGACUUUAAAACUAUGUUCUUGAAUUGCUACAUGUAUAACAAGCCAGGUGAUGACAUUGUGUUUAUGGCUGAAGAACUAGAAAAAGUCUUUAUGCAGAAAAUAGCCCAAAUGCCAUCAGAAGAAAGAGUAGUGAGUCUCAAUAAAGGAAAGAAAAAAGGAAAUAAGCCAGAAGGAACACAGCAGCCCAUCCCUGGGACUUCAAAUGAACGAAGCAUAAACCAGAGCCAAGUUGAAAGCGCUGAGCAGCCUCCAGUGAUGACUCAAGAGCGACAGCAGGUUCCACUGGCUCCUUUGUCUGCAGCCCAGCCGAGUGUGUUAAUGCCAGCUGCAGUCCCUAUAACAAAAGCAAAAAAAGGUGUGAAAAGGAAGGCUGACACUACAACUCCUACUACUUCAGUAGUCACAACAAGUGGUGAAUCUUCUGCAAUAUGUAAUGAAAGAAAAGCUGUUAAAGCAUGCAGAGGUGAAAAUGAACGUAUGGUAACAAAUAAGCUUCUGAAGAGAUCCUUGCCACACUCUCAACAGUCACCUGGAAUUAUUAAAAAGAUUCAGUUGCCAGAAAAACUAAAACAUUGUAAUGCAAUACUUAAAGAAAUGUUUUCAAAGAAACAUGCAGCAUAUGCGUGGCCUUUCUUAAAACCUGUAGAUGUGGCAUCUUUCUCCACUGGUGAGAACCAAGGCAUUGCCAAAUGUCCUACAGACCUAAGAACCAUUAAAAAGAAAAUGGAUAACUUUGAAUAUAGUGACAUACAAGAAUUUGCUACAGAUGUUAGAUUAAUGUUCAUGAGCUGCUACAAACAUAAUUCUCCAGAUCAUGAAAUAGUUGCCAUGGCAAGAAAACUUCAGGAUGUUUUCGAAAUGCACUUUGCCAAAAUUCCUGAUGAACCUGUUGCAAGUGCUCAUCUGCCACCUGGGAGAGAAAUGACAGAAGCUUAUUCCAGUGAAAGUAGUAAUGAUGAUUCUUCAGAAGAAAAAUCAUCUGAAGAUUCUGAAGAGGAAAAAAGAGUGCACUUUGCAAAGCUUCAGGAACAACUUAAAGCUCUUCACCAGCAGUUGUGGGUUUUGACCAAAGCAUGUUUAUCUAGACCAGAAAAGAAAAAAGGGAAGGCUAAAAAUGAGAAAAGAAAGAACAAGGAAAAAGCUAAAAUAAAAAGCUUGAUUCAAAAGAAGAAAAAUCUGAAACACAAGAAGAAAUCUAAGAAAAAACUCUCCUUAAACAUUCAAUCAAAGAAAACCAUGCAGCAGGUCUUGUUGCCACAUAAAUCAGAAGAUGAAGAUGCUGCCAAGCCUAUGAAUUAUGAUGAAAAACGACAGUUGAGUUUGGACAUAAAUAAACUCCCUGGAGAUAAGCUUGGGAAAGUAGUCCAUAUAAUCCAGUCAAGAGAACCUGCACUGAGGAACUCCAACCCUGAUGAGAUAGAAAUAGACUUUGAAACUUUAAAUGCUUCAACACUCAGAGAACUAGAGAAAUAUGUGGCAACCUGUUUGAGGAAGAGACAAAGAAAGCAGCGGGCUAAAAAACCAACAAAGUCAAAAGAACAACUUGAUUCUGAGAGGAAACAAGAGCUAGAGAAGAAACUACUGGAUGCCAGUGGUCAACUAAACCCAAAGAAGAACGGCAAAUUUGAAAACAGCACUGAGUCUAGUACUGGACCAAGCAGACUGAGUGACAGCAGCAGCUCCUCAGAUUCUGGCAGCAGCACUAGCAGUGGUUCUAGCUCCUCAGAUAGCAGUGACUCUGAAUCAGCUACAGAAACCUGUUCAAAACAAACUGGAGCCAGGCAGAAUUGUCCAGCUUCUAUGGAAAAGCCUAAGAGAAUACCACUUUGUUCACCGAGGACAUCCUGCAGUGCUGUUGUGCAAGCACAGCCCUCAUCUGUUACAAGUAGCUUGCAAAAUCGUGGAUCAUCUGAGCUGCAGCAGCCACCUCCCAAUGUACAGCAGAGGCUCCAGCCCUUACAGAACAGAUCACUUAAGCCACCAGAACAAAAUGCCUUCUCUCCCUCAGGUGUAAUCUCGGCUGUUUGUGCUCCGUAUGAUGCUCCAGACCAGCAAACUCCUCAGAGUACUCCAAAGACAAAUCGGGCUUUUGUCACUCAGUCCAGACAUGCUCUUCCAGAGGUAUCCAACACAAUUUCCCAGGUUGACAGUGCUGACUGGAGUAAACAAGCUGAGCAAACAAGGCAUCUAGACAAAUCAAAUAAACUUCAAAACAAGGCCAGUGUGAGAACUCCUGAUUCAAUAUCCAUAAGUCAAAAACAAAGUCAUUAUACACCUGAUGAUAAACCUAACGAUAAAAACAUACUAGAGCCAAAAUCUGAACUUCUUCCAAAAAAGGAUGCAGGAUUUAAGAAUAUAGAUUCCUGGAUAAGCCUGUGUAAAGCAAUGAAGCUUCCAGCUCCAAUAAAAGCAUCUGCUGAGAGCUUCAAACAGUUCAGGGAAGCAGUGUUAAAGAAGAGUGGGCAAGUGCCGGAGGUAAAAAGGCCUCUGGUGCAAUCUGAGAUGGAACUGCAAAACAUUCCACAGGGAAAAAAAAGGGCCCAGGAAAGCACAGGAUUGAAUGCCAUGGCAGCGACAGACUGUGAGCUUGAGGAAGAAACGCAUAAGGACAAAGAACUUCCCGAAGCUCAACAACAUAUUCUUGAUCAAGACCGGAACUUGGCUAGAAAAAUGGAACAAGAACGCAGGAGGAAAGAAGCAAUGGCUUGGCUGAUUGAUGUGAAUCUGCAGAGAGAUAUUAUGGCAUCUUUCGAAGAAUAUCUUGAGUGAAAGCUGUAGUUAAUAUAGAACUUAACUUCAAACCUACUACAAACAGCAUAGUUUUGUACUAGUUAUGUCUAUCUUAUAAGUUAAGACCACUUUAAAGAGCAUGUAAACUUCUCUAAAAUACUUUGUAUUAAAAGUUUGUUCCUUAA